AUGUCUGCGCCACCUUACAACUAUAAAUAUACCUGUACAUCCACUCUGACGGAGUUUAUUGGUUUGUUUUUUUAUCGCCUGACUAUGCAGGAAGACGUCCCCACCCAACACACAGGAAUCUCAACGUGGACGGGAGGAAGGAGGACGGUCCCACUUAGUGAGUCACCGUCACACACUCCUGCACCCGGCUGGGCGGGAUCAAGGUGUGUGUGUGUGUGUGUGUGUGUGUGUGUGUGAGGGAGGCUACAGGGUGAUGAGAAGGUGAGACAGAGGCAGAAAGACGGAGAUGCUGCUCACCUGACAAGAAGACGACAGAGAGGAGGGAGAGAAGCUUUCAUCAUGACUGCACGGACUCAAGUCUAAUAUUCUUCUUUGCCAACAAGGUCUCCUGCCCCUCUCGCCACCAUCAUGGCUGAUCCCAGCUGGUGGAAGCUGACCUUCUCCCGCAAGAAGAAGUCCGAGUCCAAGGUCCUGUACGAGAUCCCGCCCGAGUACGGCAGCAACACCAAAGAGCAAUCGAGUGGCGGUCCCGCUCCCGAGGCGCCCGACAGCCAGUUCAGCGCCAGGCUGGAGAAGAUUGUGGACAAGUCGGCCACUAAGGGGCGCCACGUCAAGGUGUCCCACUCGGGUCGCUUCAAGGAGAAGAAGAAGGUCCGAGCCACGCUGGCCGAGAACCCGGACCUGUUUGCCGAGCAGAACCUGGCCGACCAGAACCACAAGAAGACGACUGACAAGUAGCAGGGCCUGUGCGAUGGCGCGUCAGUGUGAAGCUGCUUUCAAGGGUAAAAACGUGCACGUGAGCCGCCUGCAACGUGCGGUCAGGACCAACACGUCCCGCUGUGUGCCGGGCCGGCGCCACAGCCAAUCACACCUAAACAAACGGCAUGUUUUCUUUAUGGGAAUGGAGGUCUUUGAUUGUUGUCCCUUCAGAAUCAAAUCACAUGAUGCUAAAAUCAUUCCUAUCAGACAAGAAAGCCUUGUACUCGAUUUUCUUUUUCAUGCACUCAACAAGGACAACAGCCUCGCUUUUUACAUUUUUUUCCACAUUUCAACGCUUUUACUGACACUGCGAGGCCACCCGCGCCCCAUCCGAGCCGCAUGUGUUGCUGCUUCUGUUGCCACGGCGACGGUAAACAGACACCGUCACCCGAUGCUUACUGUGUCAUCAUCAUCAUCACUACUGCCACCUUCUGGCCACAAAGUGCACUCACACAACCACGUCGCAGUGAUGGGCGAUACCAGAAUUUUUGAUUCGAAACAAAACCCAUGACUUUUUUGGCAUUUUUUCCAUACCAAUACCAAUUAUCUUUUUGGGGGAUUUUUUUAAACCGAUUUUUUUUUGUUUUUUUAUACUGAUCCCAGUUAACCUUUUUGGCAUUUUUUAGAUACUGAUAUCAAGUACCUAUUGGAAUACAUUUUUGCCACUUUUUUUUUUCCACUGACGACCUUUUUUCCCCCUGAUACUGAUUCCAAUUACCUUUUUUUCUCCACACUACCGAUGACCUUUUUUGACAUUUUUUUUCCCCAGUUCCAACAACUUUUUCACAUUUUUUUGUACCGAUUACUUUCGUUGGCAUUUUUUUUUUCCAAUACCGUUAACUGUUUUCACAUUUUUUUAUACUGAUAUCAAGUACCUUUUUUGCAUUUUUUUCCAAUACAAUUACCUUUUUUGUUCUAUACCAACAGCCAGCAUUUUUUAAAACUACCGUUACCAAUUCAUAUUUUUUGCAAUUUUUUAUACCGAUGACAUUUUUCACAUAUUUUUAAUACUGAUAGUUAUUAUUUUCUUUUGGAAAGAAGAAAAAGAUUCUGAUAACCUUUGUUUUGUUUUUAAAAUACUCAUUCCAAUUAGCUUACUUUUUCCACAAUGCCGGUACCAAUGACCUUUUUCGCCAUUUUUUUCCCCAAUACAAACAACCUGUUUCACAUUUUUUGUACCGAUACGGAUUACUUUCUUUGGCAUUUUUCCAAGACCAAUAACGUUUUUUUGCCAUUUUGUUUCAAUACUGACUCUGAUUCUUUUUUUUUUUUUUAAUACUGAUACCUAGGCCUGUCAUGAUAAUCGAUAAAUCAAACGAUUAAAAAAAACCCAGGCUGGAUGACAAGAGGGUUCACUCUGCAUCUGUCUGUGUGCGUUUUUAAUAGUGGAAUGAAUGGAGAGAGAGAGAGAGCCCUCCUGCCCCCUCAUUCAGCGUCUUUGUGGAGGCGGGGCUACUAGUGAGUGGACACAAAGGGUUAGCAGUUAGCUUUGUGAGCCAGCAACCGCCAACAUGAAUGAAGGCACAGAAGCGAUGGUUUCUGAGGCGAAUGCCCCGGCCGACAGCCCCGGUGUGGGAAUAUUUCGGUUUCAAACAAAAUGAACAAGGUGAGCGCAUGAAUGCCGAUGACCGACAUGGACAGUUUUCUUACUGAGGCGUUUGGUCGGCAAAUAUGAACAAAACAGUGCAAAAUGUCGGCCGCUACAUUGCAAAAGAAAUGCAAACAUUCAAUAUGGUUACAUGGCAUACAUUUUAAACAUAACAUACGUACACUUAAUGUAACUUCUUUGCCAAGCUAAUGUGGCUCACACAGGUACACUGAACUGGAUUACCAUCUAGUGGUUCAAAUGUGAAUUACACCUCUCAUGACAAUAAUGAAAAAAAUUGUCUAAAAAAAAUGUCGAUAACAUCGAUUAUCGCCGAUAAUUUGUAGCACAAUUAUCGACCAGCGAAAUUUAUUAUUGUGACAGGCCUACUGAUACCAGUUACCUUUUGGGGCAUUUUUCCCCCUAAAACCGAUGAGGUUUUUUGUCAUUUUUAUUCCAAUAAAACUCAUAAGAAACACUGACCAUUUGACAACUUGAAUGUGCAUUUUUCAUAACACAUUUAUUUGUUACGCAACGUAACCUAAAUAUUUGAAUUGCUACCAUUAAGGGACAAAGACGUCUUCAGCUAUCAUAUUUGUCAUAUCUUUUGAUCAACUUCAGUCUUACAGGUUAAAAUUGUGAAAUCAAUCAAAUAUCAGGUAUUUA